AUGAGGGUUGCACCAGCUAGUCUUCCACAUCGCCGUCGCAUAGUCUGUGGCGCGUCGAAUGGCUCGAAUGGAGCCCGAACGACAAUCCACAGGCUUAUCCAAGAAAAUGGGUGUCUAAUGAUGCCAGGCGUUUACGACGCUUUAUCGGCGAAGAUCGCAGCGCAUGUUGGUCAUAAAGCAUUCUUCGUCAGCGGCUAUGCGGUUUCUGCCUCUGUUCUGGGUGAGCCCGAUGUGGGUUUGCUGACCCCGCCGGAGAUGGCUCGCAAGGCUGGACAGAUCACGAGUGCCGUACCGUUGUUCCCCGUCAUAGCGGAUGCUGACACGGGUGGCGGGAACGUGCUCAACGUGCAGCGCACCAUCCGCCAGUUGAUCACCUCAGGCUGCAAGGGCUGCUUCCUAGAGGACCAGGCCUGGCCCAAGCGCAUGGGGCACAUGCGGAACAACGAGGUCAUUGAGAUGGAGGAGUUCGCGGCCAAGAUCGCAGCGGCUCGCGAGGCCAUCGGCGACGCGGACUUCUUCCUGGUCGCUCGCACUGACGCCCGGGGUACCUCCGCCAAGUACGGCCUGGAGGAGGCGGUGAAGAGGGCCAACUUGUACGCGGACGCCGGGGCGGAUGCCACCUUCGUGGAGGCGCCUCGCGGGGAGGAAGAGCUGCGCGUUAUUGGGAAGGAGACCAAGGGCCUCCGAGUCUGCAACAUGUUGGAAGGCGGUGUCACUCCCCUUCACACCCGGGACGAGCUCUCCGCCAUGGGCUUUCACCUAGUGGUGUACCCCCUGGCAGGGUUGUACGCCGCCACGCGGGCCCUGCUCGACGUGUACGGAACUCUGGCAGCAAAGGGUACAACACGCGACAAUUUGGAGGGUUUGGCGCACUUUAACGAAUUCAACGAACUUAUUGGUUUGGAGGAGAGCAUCCGGACUGAGGAACGACUCACGCACCGGGACGCGUCUGACAAGCUCCACGUGCGUGUACGGGCGCCCGUUAAGGAACUCAACUAAAAUAACGAAGAAGUAACUGUCAACCGACAGCUCUCCUGUUUCGGCUGCAUGUCUGUGAGAUGUGUACGGAAGAAGAGAACGCCUACGGGACAUCUUCCCGGGAGGAGUCUUGUUCCGUCAUACUAUAAUUUUCGCGGGCGGGGCGCCCUUGUUUGUGAAGUGGCUUAAUUUGGAGGGUACGUGGAGGCCGUUACCGUUACCGGUGUAUGUUCCGCAGAGCUGCUCCCCCUUCUAAUAUGUCGUAUUUCUCUUGGGAAGUUGAUCUCCGAGCACCCUGUACAUGUGGGGCAGGGUGUGGGUCUAUGUGUGUACCGGUGUGGAUGGGUAUGU